GGCGGCGCGGGGCGGGCGCUUCCGCGGUUGCGAGGCGCCGGUCGGCGGUGGCGAGGCCGGGUUGCAGGCGCGGGGGAAGCGCGUUCUCGGCGGGCGGCGGCGGCUCCGCCGGAGGCGGGCGGGGUCGGAGCGGGAUGGAGCCGUGACCGGAUUCAUGCUGUCUGCUGAAAGGAGAAAGAGACUCAGGGCUGAAAGCAAAUGCCAUAAACUUAUGACAAUGACUGAGGAGAGAGCUGCUGGCAUGGAAAUGAGCUGGGUUUGUCGGUGGGAACUGUGAGUAAGGUUGCCAUCACGAAAGCCAAAGUGGAUUUCUCCGGUGUGGUGUGCCUGCCCCCUUCCGUCAUUGCUGGAAAUGGGCUGGACGGAGGAGGGGCUGGCGAAAAUGAUGAUGAGCCGGUGCUGGUGUCACUUUCGGCGGCCCCCAGCCCUCAGAGCGAAGCUGUUGCCAAUGAGCUGCAGGAGCUCUCCCUGCAGCCCGAGCUGACCCUCAACGUCCAUCAUGGCCGAAACCCCAACCUUCCUCCGCUCAGUGAAAGGAAAAAUGUGCUGCAGUUGAAGCUCCAGCAGCGACGCACACGGGAGGAGCUGGUGAGCCAAGGGAUCAUGCCACCUCUGAAAAGUCCAGCUGCAUUUCAUGAACAAAGAAGGAGUUUGGAGCGGGCCAGGACAGAGGACUAUCUGAAACGGAAAAUCCGGUCCCGGCCAGAGAGAUCAGAGCUGGUUAGAAUGCACAUUCUGGAAGAGACCUCAGCUGAACCCUCCUUGCAGGCUAAGCAGCUGAAGCUAAAGAGAGCCAGACUGGCAGAUGACCUCAAUGAGAAGAUAGCGCAGAGGCCAGGUCCCAUGGAGCUGGUGGAGAAGAACAUCUUGCCUGUGGAAUCGAGCCUGAAGGAAGCCAUUAUCGUUGGACAGGUGAACUACCCAAAGGUUGCAGACAAUUCCUCCUUUGAUGAGGACAGCAGUGACGCCCUCUCCCCAGAACAGCCAGCCAGCCAUGAGUCCCAGGGGUCUGUCCCAUCGCCGAUGGACUCCCGGAUUUGUGAUCCUCUCCCUAGCACCACUGGCACAUCACUAGCUCAGGGUACAUCCCAAUUGCAGAUUAGUGCAGACUCCAGUGAAACACUUUUCCUACCUGAACAGCCACCCCCACCUCUGCCACCUCCACCUCUUCUGCCCCCUAGUCUUACCAAUGGAGUGGCUCUUACUGCUGCCAAGCCCCCACCAACACUCAUUAAGCAAAGCCAGCCCAAGUCUGCUAGUGAGAAGUCCCAGCGCAGUAAAAAAGCCAAGGAGUUGAAGCCGAAAGUCAAGAAGCUUAAGUAUCAUCAGUAUAUUCCCCCGGACCAAAAACAGGACAAGGGAGCUCCUCCCAUGGAUUCAUCCUAUGCCAAAAUACUGCAGCAGCAGCAGCUCUUUCUCCAGCUUCAGAUCCUCAACCAGCAGCAGCAGCACUACAACUAUCAGACCAUCCUGCCAGCCCCACCAAAGCCUCCAGGAGAGCAGCAGAGUGGUGCCAGUGCCCCUGCUGUACGCAAUCUCUCCGCCACAGUCAGCAGCGCAUCUUCAGUAUCCUCUGGUUCCAGUGGGCUGAUGCGACAAAACAGCAAUGCUGCGGUGGGCAAGCCUGGCUCUCUCCCUGCCAACCUAGAUGAGAUGAAGGUAGCAGAGCUGAAGCAAGAGCUGAAGUUGAGGGCCUUGCCUGUCUCAGGCACAAAGACAGACCUAAUCGAGCGUCUCAGAGCUUACCAAGAGCAGAACGGUACAGCUGGCCAAACAACCCCCACUCCCAAGCCCAGCACAGCAGCCAUCCUCCCAAAAGCUGCCGAAGUGGUGGUGGCCUUCCCAGCUGCCAGGCUGAGCACAGGGCCAGCCCUGGUCACCACCGGCAUUGCACCAGCAGAGGUAGUUGUGGCCGCAGUCACCAGUGGCGGUGUGAUGAAGUUUGGCAGCACAGGCUCGACUCCUCCUGUUUCUCCAACUCCUUCUGAGCGCUCACAAAUGAGCACAGGAGAUGAGAACUCAGCCACCGGAGACACCUUUGGAGAGAUGGUGACUUCACCCCUAACCCAGCUCACCUUGCAGGCAUCUCCAGUGCAGUUCCUGGUGAAGGAAGAAAGUUCCAAGUCUGCUUCCUGCAGCGUAAAUGCAGCACCCAGGUCAGAGCGGUGUAGCACUGGUAACAGCAGAGAUGCAGAAGUUAGGGACAAAGACCAGAUGCUGCAGGAAAAGGACAAGCAGAUUGAGGAACUCACCCGCAUGCUGAAGCAGAAGCAGCAGCUGGUUGAGAUGCUUAGACUACAGCUAGAGCAGGAGAAGCGCUCUCAGCAGUCACUACCGGCCCCAGCGGCUGCGGGAGAAGGAACAGCCCUUGCCUCCAACCCGGUAGCAUUUGGCACCCAGGUCAAGAGUGAAAACAGUUUCCUGAGUUGCCAAUCUGCAAAGCAAUCCAGUGGCCAAACAGACCAAUUCAGCCCUGCACCAACCGCUAGCCAAAUGGACACUUCGAAUCCAAGCCCAGUGCCAAAGAAAGCUGUGAUGGUGAAGCAGGAGGCGCCAGCCGGGGAAGCAGAGCUGCCGUGCCGGUCCCACAGCCCGCGGCUUUUCCUUGGCCAGCAAGGGAGAGCCCUGAACGACCUCAUCAAGGGCACCCCUCCCCCCACCCUCAUCACUGACUCCACAGGGACCCACAUCGUCCUCACUGUGACCAAGCAGAGCGCUGAGAGGCAGGGCCUCUCGCCCCAUGGGAAGGCCGGGAGUAGCUGCCCAGCCUUGCAGAGAGUACAAUCAUCACCCACUAAAACUUCCAGCCAACCACCAUGUCAGCUACCUGCAAGCACCCCUCAGCAGCCCACGCAGCAGCAGAAGCAGCAGCCCACACAGCAGCAGAAGCAGCCCGUGAAGCAGCAGCAGCCCAGAGGACUAAACCAAUCUGUCAGAAAGCCCUCAUCACAGCCCGGCUCUCCUGCUGCCCCUUCCCCAUCUCAGAUGGACCUGGAGCAGCAACAGCACACAUCGCUUUUUGGAACUCCUCCACCUCCUCUUCCUGUUCCCUCAGUCCCAAUGAAAGAGCCACCAGGCUAUGAAGAGGCCGUGAAGCAACAGCCAAAGGCCCAGGAGAACGGCUGUUCCAGCCAGCAGAUGGAUGACCUGUUCGACAUUCUCAUCGAAAGUGGAGAGAUUUCUGCUGACUUCAAGGAUCAGUCAUCCCCAGCUGGAAAAGAACCACCCGUGGCCCCAGCCUGCUCCCCACCGCCCAGCAGCCACCAUUCCUCAGAGCUGGCGGUGCCAGUGUCCUUGGGGCAGCCGGUGCCUGUGGGACGGCUGGAGGACUUCCUGGAGAGCAGCACUGGCCUCCCGCUGCUGACGGCAGGCCACGAUGGGCCAGAGCCCCUGUCCCUGAUUGAUGACCUCCACAGUGAGAUGCUGAGCAGCUCGGCCAUCCUGGACCACCCGCCUUCACCUAUGGACACCUCGGAAUUGCACUUUGCUCACGAGCCAUCCGGGGGGAUAGCCCUGGAUCUGGCUGAGGCUAACUUGGACAGCAUGGACUGGCUGGAGCUGCCAGGGGGGCCCGUCAUGAGCCUGGCUCCCCUUAGCACUGCGGCUCCCAGCCUCUUUUCCACAGACUUCCUUGAUGGACACGAUCUGCAGCUGCACUGGGAUUCUUGCUUGUAACUCUGUGAGCAGAGACUGAAGGGAAUGGGAGCGGGAGGGCGCAGGCAUGCAGGGGGAAGAGGCCAGUCAACCAAAAAAAAAAAAAAAAAAAAAAAAAAGAAAAGAAAAGAAAUGAGCUCCUAGUAUUUGUACUCCUCCCCCAACUGUCCUUCCUGCACGAAGCCAGCAGUGGUGGCGAAGGCAGACCCACUGCCUGAGUCACUGCUGCCUGGGCAGCGGGCCAGGGCAGGGCAGGGAGAGCAGCUGCUGGGGGGAAGAAGAGGCUGUAGGAGCUGCGGGGCUGGUGGCCUCUGGCCCCCUCAGUGCAGCCUAACCCAGCUCGGGUGAGAACGGGACCGGCAGCCCCUCUUCCUGCGGGCAGGAGCAGUGAUGGCAGCGCAUGGGGCACGGUGCUGCUGGGCCUGAGUUCCCUCGUGCCUUGCAGCGGGACACGGCGUGACUGGGCCGGGGCUGCUUCCAGCAGCGGCGCCCCACACCUUGCUUGGAGUGGCAAAAAAAGGGGGUUGUGCGGCGCAGCACGGUCAGUUUGAUGGUUGCAGCAGGGGAUUCUACCUCUGGAGCAGGACACGAAGGCAGGAGUGCUGGCUGGGAGCUGGAAGGGCUGCCCGCUGCACCACCUGCCGUCUGUCGGGGAGGGUCUGGUCUGCCGCAGGGCUGUGAGGAGCUGGGCAGAACAGGCACCUUUUCCAAAUGUAGCCAAAGGGAACCAGGGUUUCCCACCAACCUGGUCAUGACUAAGCUGGUUUCCCAAAUAUUGCCGAGCUGCAGAGGCCUGCCUGCUUGCUUCACUUGCUUUGGGCUGCAAAACAGAUUCUUAAGGUGCUAAAAUCCAGGUCCUUACUUGUUAAGUCUGUCCUUCGCUGCCCCAGACCUGUGGCUGUGCCUGGAGGCCAGCCUUCAGGCACACCUGGGUCCCCAGGUGAGCAGGGCAGUCAGCCUGGGGGGGGGGUUGGGGACAAGAAGGCACCCCAGUGUCCUGGGGAGCUGCGGGGCACGGCUAGCAUUGAGCAACAUAUCAUUAGGGGCCAUGUGCAAUCUGUCUCCUGCCUUCAGCUGUGCUGUUGCCUCCCUGCAGCAGGUGCCCCAGUGGAAAGAAGCAGCUGGGGGACGUCAGAGCCCAGAGGCAAGGAAGGGGAUGUGGCACCGCAGAAGGGGUGUUGUGUGGCGCAGCACAGGCCCUGGUCAGUAGCGUGACUGUGAGGGCCCCUUUCUGGGGAGAAGGAGGAGCCUAAAAGCAGGUAAUGGGCAGCUGACCUCUGCUCUUCCUUCCCUCCAGGCCCACGGGCUAAAAGGGAAGGGCGGCCUCCUGUGAGCUGCCACCCCGCAUCCAGCCGGCUGCUGCCAUGCGGGGCCCCGGGCUGGCAUCUGGGGGUGGCUGCUGGCCGGGGGGUGGGCGGGCGAGUACCCCAAGGCCCCAGAGCCACGGCGGUGCUAUUCCUGGGGCAGGGUUUUGCAUCGGAAACCCAGGCCUGUGGCUCUGCUGUGCUGUUACUCCUGUCACCUCGAAAUCCCCGUGUUUGUUAGUAGUAACUCGCCACCAUCUACCAGGUGAGAGGCAGCCUGGCCGUGCCCCACACGGCUGCCGUGCCCCACGGCUGUCCCUGCUUUGGCCCGCAGCUGGGUCCAUACUGCUGGGGCAGGGGGAGGUGGGGGAGGCAGCUCGCAAGGGCAGGGCUGGAGGCAGUGGCUUGUGAAAUCUUACAGACUAAGGUGCUGUCCCUGCUCAGGCAGUGGAAGGAUAAACUGCCAUCCUUUUUAAUACCUCCUUGAGGAUGCUGUUCCCACUUUCCUCUGCAGUGCUGCCCGCUGGGGAGGGGUAGGUGUGGGCAGGCACAUGCUGCUCCCCUGCCCCUUUGGUACCUGGCUCUCUUCUCAGGAGGCCUUGCCGCAUGCCGGUACCUCUGCUCCGUGGCCGGGCAGGUGAAUGCCAGACCCGCACGAUGUGGUGUCAGCCACUGAACUGGCAGCCAGGUGGGGACGUGCCUGUUUUGCAGCUGGGAAAAACUUCUGCUUUCCUGAGCCCUAUUUGCUUGUUAACUGCAUGGGAAGUAAGUUCCUUAAUCAUUUGCAGGGGAGCCUGCUGGCAGCUUCCUUCCUUUCUCCUCCCUUCUCUCCUCUCUUCCCCCACCCCACUUGUAAGCAAGUCAGAGCCUUUUAUCUGCCUCCCUCCGUGUCGGAAAGGCUAGCCCCCCCUUCCCCCCCACCCCUGCCUGCUUUCUGUCACCCAAGCUACACUGUCAUGUCCUAAAAAUAAGGGUAACUGGGACUGGUGGGCACCCCCUUCGCCCUGCCUCACUUCUCUCCUGGUGCAGCCCUGAUGCUGGGAGCAGCGGGUGCAUUAGCGGCCUCCUUACGCUGCUCACACCGGCUCUCCCCAGGGCAGCUGCCCAGCCGUGGGACCAGGUGGGCACAGGAGGCAGGUGGUUUCUUUGGAGGAAAUGGUGGGGGGGGGGGGUGGGAGGAUCUUUCAGAUGCUAAGGGGAAAAAAGUGAGGCUGCCUGUUUGUCAAAUUCAAGCAAAAUCAGCUUCGUUGAGCCCACAAUGAGCAGUAGGCCCCCACAAAAACCAGCUGUGUGAUUUCUUUUGUACAAGUAAUUACAAAGCUGCAACCAGUAAAUAAAGAAUGAAAUUACCAAAGUGCAGUGAGCUCCUAAGGGAAGGCAAGAGCGCCUCACCUGCAGUCUUGGCCUGACCCAGCUCUGGUUCCUCAUGCUGGUCCAGGCACCCCAAACUUUGUUGUCAGAGAGAUGCCAACAGCAGUUACUGAUUUAGCCCUUCCCUGGGGUUGCUGGUGAAAUGCUGAGCUCACAGCUGCUCCCUUUCACCUUUACCCAUCCACCAUCUGUGAAACGCUGUAGGAAUUUAAUUAGCCAAACUUCGCCCAACAUACUUGAAAUUGGCUGAUGAGCUUCAGAGCCCUCAAAGAGCCCAGAUGACACAAACCCGCAAGCCUCACCUCCUGAGGAACCCAGCUAACCUGCCAGAGCCCCUCUGCACAAGGGGCUCCUGCCAGGAAAGCGAGCGACAACCCUGUGCCCUUGGGCAGAGGGGAAGACGGUGCCUCAUCCCAGGAAAUAGUAGAAAGUCUUUUCCCCAAGCAGUGCCCGGAGCAGGCUAGCCCAGUUCUCUGCUUUCUUGCUAUUAUUUGUUUGAAUAAUAGUUCAAUAGUUCUUUGUCAGAAGAGGUAUUCCCCUGGACAUACAUUUUUGCACCCAUUGGGAAAAACAAAGUCUGAUGUUCUGCCUCUACCUUGAAUGUAAUCCUGAAUCUUUCUGCUGUAACCACUACUUGUUUGUAAUGUGUAUUUGACUAGCACGCACUCUCCCUUCCACUAUGCAGCAAACGGCGAGGGGUGAUCAGCACCAUCAGAGAUGGAUGGUGUUGGGGCAUCAGAUCCAGAGUGAGUUUUCAACUGGAAAAGGAUAAAAGUGACAAGUUAACAGGGGAGAGAAUGGAUCUUUAAAUUGAAUUAUUUUUUCAGUUACAAAUAUUUGAAAAAAAAAAAUCCAUUUUAUUAAAAAAAUUCCAAACA